AUGAACCCUAACCACAAGAUCGAAAGCGAUAAACUUGCAGAUGGACUGGCUAAGAAAAUUGUGGAAGAGAUAGAAAAGCGGGCGAACGAAAUGACGAAGCAAAAGAAUGAAGAGCUGAAGAAAGUAAGGAAAGAGAAGAAUGAAGAGCUGAAGAAAGUAAGAAAAGAGCUUAAGCAAAUAAUCACGGAUAAAGAUAAAAUGUUGAAGAAAGUGAUAAAGGAGAAGAAGGAAGAGCUUGAGAAAGUAAUAAAUGACAAUGAUAAAAUGCUGGAGGAGGAGCGUUGUGAGUUAGAACAGUUAGGGGACAUCAACUCGGCACUCAUCAUAAAAGAACGUCAAAGCACUUAUGAGUUACAAGAAGCGCACACAGAAUUGAUUAGGGGAUUCAGAGAUUUAUCGGGUGAAGGAUCCGUGAUCGGAGUAAAGAGGAUGGGAGAAGUUGAUGGAAAACCUUUUCUGAAAGUAUGCGAACAGAGAUUCAAUGGCGAAAACGUCGGGCUGCAACAUGCCAUGCUUUGUUCAGAAUGGCAGAAAAACAUCAAUGACUCAGCGUGGUACCCAUUUAAAUUAGUAGUAACUGGAGAAAAAAUGAAGGAAGUUGUGGAUGAUGAAGACGACAAACUUAAGAAAUUGAGUGAAGAGUUGGGAGAAGAUGUGAUGAACGCAGUGAAGACAGCACUCGAGGAGCUUAACGAUUUCAACCCAAGUGGUCGGUAUUCUGUUCCAGCACUGUGGAAUUUUGUACACGGGAGAAAAGCCACACUCAGUGAAGGUAUUGCUCACAUGACGCAGCAGAUCAAAAAUUUCAAACGCCAGCGGACCUAA